GCAAUUGAGUUAUAUUAUCUGGUAUAUUCAGGGAGAAUGGACUUUUUACACUUUAACUUUCUAGAAAACUCAAAAUCAAAGGACUCUCUGUUCGCUAUGAAAGCACACAAAAUUAUGUAUAUUUUAAGGGGUCUGCCAGGUUCAGGGAAAUCAACUAUAUCUAACCAACUAGUUGAUCUACACGAGAAAACAAUCAUUUGCUCCGCUGAUGACUUUUUCCUAAAUUUGGAUGGCGUUUAUGAAUACAAUGAGACAAAAAAAAAAGAAGCCCAUUGUUGGUGUCAGGAAAAAGCAAAGGAGGCAUGUAGUCUUGGAAAUCAUGUAAUUAUAGAUAAUACUAAUGUUCGAAAAUGGGAAUUAAAGUUUUACAUCGAUCUGGCAAAAGAAUUUGGUUAUGUCACAAUUGUCAUCGAGCCAGAAACAGACUGGAAGUGGGAUCCCGAAAUUUUAUCAAGGAAAAAUAAACACAAGGUUACAAAAGAAGUUCUAGAGAGAAAACUUAAAAAUUAUGAACUUAUCAGACCUGUUUAUUAUGCCUGGUUUUACAAUGAAGAAGAUAGCGAAAUGCUAAGAAAAAUGGGAAAGGAUUUUUAUACAUCUGCAAAGAAAGUGAAAGAAUUUACAUUUGUGGAUACUACAACAUUUGAAGAUACUUUUACUAGAGACAACUCUUCUAGUAAAUUUUUUCAUUGCACAGCUAAAUUUCUUGGAACAAAGCAGAAAGCAAAAGAAUUAACAAAUUUUGAAAAUUUUGCAAACAAAUUCAUCGGGUCUACACACUUAAUGCAUAUAACAGGCUUUUUAAUCUCCCCAAGGACAAUUUGUGCAAAAGUUGAAUUAACAGAAGAACAGCUCAAGCUCUGGGAUGAUACGGAUAUACCUAAUAAAGAAAAUCAAAGAGGUUCAAAAGCUCAUAUAACAAUUGGAUAUAAGAAAAAUGAGCGUGCUGUGGAAGCUGGAAACGACGUUGUAAAGUAUAUUUUAGAAGAAAAAAAUGAAAAAGCGAUAAAUACUAUAACGACAAGCGAGGGAGUCAUAAACCUCUUCAAGAAUGGACUAAUUUUUCUUAAAUUGAAGAAAAGUAUUGAAAUUAAUGGUAUAUUUGCAGGACGAUAUUAA